UGGUACUACAGGCCACUGCUACUGAUCAAAUGCAAUCAUUUUUUACCCCACUGUCUGUCAAGAGGAGCUACAAUAUGGCCAAGAACUUUUCUGUGGCAUGGCUGUCUCAGAGCUCUCAGCCCGCCUGCUGCUCCGGGUUACAGGCUGCCCUGGUGCACAACCCUCCAGCGCUCGCGCUCCAAACCAAACACGCUUCUCACACAGGGGGCCUACUUUCUGCUGACAGAGUCAAGGAUGUCACCAAGACCCCAUCCUCACCAACCAACAGCUGUGGCUACACUUCCGGUUCGGAGAGUGAGGUCGGUGAUGACGUCGAGGCAGAAUUGGGACCAAACCGUCGGGUCAGAACAAAAUUCACGUCCUAUCAGAUCGCACGGUUGGAGAAAACCUUUCACAAGCACAAAUACCUCGGAGCGAGCCAAAGGAGGAAAAUAGCAGAAAAGCUGCAUCUUUCUGAAACUCAGGUGAAAACGUGGUUUCAGAACAGAAGGAUGAAGCUGAAGCGUGAGGCACAGGACACCCGGGUGGAAUAUUACCCCCCUGCACUGCUCGCUCCUCUCCUUUUGGCACCGCCGCAGUUUCAGCACCACGCUCUGGCUGGACAGCGACUCGCGCUCCCGCCUGCUGCUGCUGCUGCUGCUGCUGCCGCGGUCCCGCACUACACACCGCACUACACACCGCAACUCAACCGCACAGUGUCUCUGCACCAGCACACAGCACACCGAGCCAUGAUUCACCCCACACUCCUCUCCUCCUAUUACUACUGACCAAACACUCCCUUCAAGGACUUGAGAUCUCUGACACUGUGCACAUUAUGUAGAUGUUUUUCUUAUAGUAGCUACAGCGUAGCUUCGACACUGCAGCACCAUCUGCUUUAGAUUAACUACAUUUACUUGCCAUUCGACUUUCUAUGAUGCUUUUAUGUGAAAAUGUAAGCUAAUCAUUUACAGUGUAGAGAUGAACAUUUUAAAUUGUCCCAAUGUUUGGGUCCUUAAAGAUAAUCAUGUAUAUAAAUAAGCACUGUAUAUGUAAAUAAAUAAGAUGCUUCUUUAUGUGAAAAUAAAAAAGGCGUAAUUUUAAUGCAUUU